AUGGACUCGAACCCGAGACCGCCGGAUUGCGAGUCUGACGCGCUGACCAUUCGGCCAUUCUGCCGAGUAACAGGUGGUACAGAAGAACGAAACAUUGAGCGCUUACCAUUUGUAUGGAAAACCCGGAAAUUUCGGGGAGAAUUCAAAUGGAACGGUUCAUCCCGGUGGAAAUUUUCCGGAAAAAUAGUAAUACCUUUCGAGGUAUUAUUCCCGUUGUUACCGAAACGACCGAAAUUUUCUGUACCAUUUGUCUGAAUUACUAGUGCCAGGCUUCAUGUCGAGAGAGAGCGAAAAGUUUAUGGGUAUUUUGUAAAUGGUACAACUUAAUCCCGUUCUUGUUUUCGGUGCCAAAAAAAAUAACAGUACCAUUUGACGGAAAUUUUUGACCGAAAUUUCCGUACAAAUGGUAAGCGCUGAUAGAAACGAAAACCAGGAAAACCAAAAAAAGGAAAACUUUACGGAACAAAUUCACGUUCACUUCCGUCCAUCAUAAUCUCCUCACGAGACUCCCAACAGCAACGACAACCGGCCGGCAAGCCCUCGCUGAGGAUAAGGUUGCAUUCGCUCCACAGCUGUUUUAGCCUGCGAGCAAGCUCUCCGGGGCGCCAUGGCGUCGGGGCGAAAAAGGUACCUCUCCAUCCUUUUUCACCCCACCAACAGAGCUCCCAGGAGAGCUUGCUCGCCAAGCUACUGGGUAAAACAUAGCAAUAACAGCAAAAAUACAAAACGACGGAUGACAACAGCUAUUUGAAAAAUAUCUGCUGGACUAAAAAUCCCCUUCAAUCCUGAAUUUGCCCAGGAACAGUCCAUAAAGACGGUGACUUAACAUCGACAAGGCCAGCAUGUUUUAGUUUGUUUUUAAAGAAAAAACAAUUUUGAAUGGAUAAUAAUCUACUUUCGUAUUAUCUGAAGAAAAAUGUCGGAAGGUGCUAUCCACUUCCUCGACUAAUUUUUCAGAUCAUACGAAAGCCGAAUUCAAUAAUUGCUAAUUUUACUGUUGCUUGUCAUUUAUGGACGCAAAUCCCCAUCUGUCUCGUAGAUAUCAGUAGGAAAGCUUAGAAUAUAUCAGGGUUCUCUAAAAGUUACGUUAACCAAUCAGAUUAAAGGCUUUAAGCACCUUCGAAAAAAAAGUUAUAUUGUCAAGAGUGAUCUAUCCCAAAUGGAAAUUAACUUAUUGCUUCACAUCUUGACCAUUUUAUCUCCAGAAAAAACUUUUACAAUAAACAUGACAACGGCCCCUUCAAUUCUUGGUCACAUGAUGUCAGGCACUGACGUCACUAGGCCGUGUGAAUUACAGUUGCAAUGCACUGUUCUUAUUGUCAUUAAUUACUCUGACUGAAAUUCCGAUUCCUCUUUCUUCUUCGUUAAAUUAUCAUUCAUUUCGUAUAAGAACACAAUUGUACCACACGAUCUACGGGGAAACUGAAAGUCUUUCUACCCGAUGGCAGAAAGCAGAGCAAGUAGGUGUUGCCUAAUUCACGGUUGUUUAUUCUGAUAUUAAGUAAUUCUCUCGGCUAUCCAGUUGCUGUGAGAAAAGCAAGUUGGUGUAUAGAUUCUUAAGUCAAAUUUUGUUGUUUUGAGAAAUAUCCCACGUUGAUCCUGUUUUUCAACCCUUGCUAGGAAGGCUUUUUUUUCAGUGCAAGCAGUGACAAUUCUAAUUUGCUUGUUUCUGUCGAGAUCUUCCUAACUCACUGCGGGUUUGAAAAAGAAAAAAAAAACAUGAAUAAAACAAACACCAGCCUGCAGGCAGGUAUGCCUUCCAAAGCAGAACUGAAUAGUGCUUUUGCUCCUAUCGUGGACUCUUUUCUGAGCUGUUUUUAAAUCUGAAAUUAAGUAAAAAGGAGACUAAGUACAUUCAUUUUUUUUUUCAUUUCUCUUACUAGCUGCCAAUGUCGCCUACUACGCCUACAAAGUACUUCACACUGUUUUUUUCUUUUCGAAUGAUUAAAUGUCCCUGUCUUUGCAUAACUUCUUUCUAAUUUAUGAGCAAGAGCGAGAGUCUUCAUUUCUAUUUAUUUUUAAAUAAAUAUUAUAAAGAACGGACUUCUCUUCGUUAUGUUUGUCCGCCGGGCUGACGGGAGUACUGUUAGUCAGUCCUAUUCCAAAUCCAAACUAGUGAAGUUCAAUCAAACUGUACGUCUCAAUCUUUCUCCACAGUUGCAGAAAACCAAUCAUACUCAAAGUGUGGAGGAUGUAAUGAAGAAAUCCGUGAUAAAUAUCUACUUCAAGCACUGGACAAACUCUGGCAUGUCUACUGCUUGCGAUGCAGCGACUGCAGGGAGACACUCAGUGAUGACGGCAAGUGUUACGUUCGCGACGGAAACAUUCUUUGCGACUUUGAUUUUUUUCGGUAGGCAGCCAUUACACUUUCCUUUUAGCUCUAAUGGCAGAACGAAAUUCCAGUUAGGUUGGAAAUUAGCUAUUUCUUCGUCAAAUAACUUAUGACUGUUCCUUUAAUAUGAAAAUCUUUCACAAACUGGCAAAAAAGGCGAAUAUGAAGUAUAUUUCUUGUUGAAAAUUUCAAUGAUUUUUGAAGUCAGUUUAAUGAGCUAGAUAAUAUAUUAUUCUGGCAUCAUAAAGUAUAGCGGGGUCCAUCUAAAAUCGAGUUCAACAAAUGACAGUGGUAAAAUACAUUUGAAUUUCUUCAAUCUGUUGCUCAGUUGCCGGAUGCGUCGCAGUUAAAUUCAGUUGUCAGUUCAAGUUUCUUUAAUGGUUCCGGCUAUACCACCUACAGAACUGUUAGAUUCUAGUGCUGAUUUGCACCGAACUGUUAUAUUUUAGUACUAAUUUGUACUUCAUGAUGAAUUUUAAAAUCAUUCACAGUUACAGCAAACUAAAGAGGAAAUAUCUUUUAUAGAAUUUUAACAUUUUAUCCUGCUCCAAGUCUAUUUUCUUUAUCAUUUUAUGUCGCAUUCAUUGAUAGCAACAUAAUCAACUAUACCGGUGGAUGGUUAUUUUCUUACCAUGAUUAUCAGUUGCUGCAGUUAUACAUACGAAACUGAAUGAUUGAUUCAGUAUUUAAACGUAGAGAAAAACGAACGUUAACAAGAACUAAGCCGAGGGGAAGACUAAAUAAGACUAAAUCUGCAGAGUAGCAGUAUGCAGCAUAAAAAUGAACGCGAUCACCUGCAACAAACACAGCUGCUUUGUGUUAAUUCUCCAAACUUUAAGUUAGAAGGUUAUUUAUUAGGAUAUUUUCAGUUCCCCUUGUACUGAACAACGAUGUAUUUACGAUUUGUUUUCAUAACGUCACCAGCAUUUCCAGCAGUAAUUGAUUUUCGGAUUUAGACUUUUUUCUGCUGCAAUGGAAAUGGUUUCCUUGGAUUUCUUUUGAUUUGUAAUUAAAACCUCAAACGGCAGCAAAUGUAAUGGAUUGAUUGUGAAAGUAAUGCAAGAUCAGCUUGUCAGUUCUAUUUUAUUAAACCAAGCCGAUUAAUCCACGUUUCCACUUUUCUAUUUUUUCCAAGUUGUAUCCUAGCUUAUACUGUUUAUCACCAUUGAGGACACCUGUAAGUCAGUUUCGCCAGCGUUUGUCAACUAUCAGUUGCAAUUAUUUGUUCUUUUUUUUUCAGGCGUUACGGUAAACCCUGUACCAUUUGUAAUGAAGGUAUUUCUCCUAAACAAAGCGUAAGAAAGGUUUUGGACAAAGUUUACCAUAUAAGUUGCUUCUCUUGCGUGUCAUGCAAACAGCAGUUAUCGACAGGGGAUCUGUUCUAUUUGCUGGACGAUGGAGGAAUUAUCUGCAAACCAGACUACGACGGAGAACAACUCACCAAAUAUUCUGGUAACUCGCUCCAGUAGCAAACCAUAUUUAUUAUUAAGAAACGUCCCGGCAUCUUUUCCGGACUGAGUUAGGCUGUACUAUGUCCGUUGGAUACAAGUUUAUUUUUGCCGAAUUGUUUUGACUAGGAUAGAAAUGCAGUAAACCGUAAGUUAGCGAAACAAGUUAGGGCUAGUUUGUGGGCCAAAGGCCUUACUAUUAUUAUAAAGAUUCUGAUGUUAAAAAGGCUCUAGGUAAACAAAGUUUUCGUAAAAUUUAAAAAGCCCUGCCUAAGCAGCGUGAUCGGCGCUCAUAAAAAGUAGUCCGGCCGGUGGAAAAGAGUGUUAUGAAUUGAUAAUUAAUCAAAGCACUUGAAAUAAUCAUAUAAUUUGAUCAAACAAGCAUUUAAUACAAUUUGCUCUUCGUUUUUAACAGCGUUUUAAUGUUUUAAAUGUAAGGUUAUCAUUUCACUAAGGUAUUUUUAAGAACAAAAGUAAGAUCGAGUGAGAAACAUAAUUUAGAAAAUUACGAAAAUUGAUCACACUUUAUCGUUGGUUAUUGUCCCCAUUUGUUUGGCCUUUUCAAAGUUUUUUUGACCAAUUAAACGGAAUAAAGUACACACACAAAAAAACAGGAAAUUAUUUCCUGGUUUUUCAUUUUUUGCCUUCUGCCAGUUGCGGAAAUUAGACAUAACAACAGACAAUUUUUCCGUAACAGGACUUGCGGACAACGGCUCUAGGAAUAUUGUACAGAUCAGCUCAUUAACUUUUGAAAACUGGUCAUUCAAUAGCUUUUUAAGUGUUAAAUAUAAACAAAAAACAACAAAAGAAGCUAAAAACAAUUAAAACACAUGCACCUGGAAAAUAUACUACGUACCAAUCAGUUUCUUUUCUGCUACUGAGAUUAGAAAUCAACAAGAAAUUAAAUAUGUCAGUUUGUUUUCCCGAAACAGAAAUUUCGAACACACCGGAGCAAGGAGCAUUUGGCAUGCAGUUAAGGUGGCUCCGUAAUUAAUAUAGGUGCAUUUAGCUGUGACGAAGUUUUCGUCAUAACUUUUUCGUUUUUAACGCGAUGGCUGCGAAACUUUGCAAAGAACAACAGAUAUCAUUCGGCAACAGUACGAAAUAUCCCGAUUUCAUUAAUGGUAAAUACAUUUUGCUAAAUUAGCGCUUAAAAGGACCCUACUGUUCAAAGAAAAUCGCGUCUAGUAAAAAAAAUGUACUGAUAUUUUUUACUGAAAUUUCUGGUAUCGGCUUUUAUUGAUAUAAUAAAUAUGCCAGAGGAAUUUCAGAAAAAUCGUUGGAGCAGAAGUCCGUAACUAAAAGUCGCUCAAAAUUCAGCUGUGAAAUUGUAUUGGAAUUUCAAAAAUAAAUUACUAUCAGGUAGAAGGAGACACCAGUUUGAAUUUUCGGGACAAGUAAAUUCAGCGUUUGCUAAUUCUUAAAACAAAAGUCGAUUGCCUAUCGUGCUAUUCUUUAAAAGGUACUGUCUAGUUUCAAAAGCACUGUAAAUUACUCCAAACCUUGCUCUGAAGUAGAAUGACAUGUUCCUCGACGUUUUUAAUAUAUCCCUUGGCAGUUUUGGUUCAAACUCCUGCUGCAUAUAUUUUAAUGUAUUGCAAUGCAUUUUCAACGACUUUUACUGCUGUUCGUUGCCUCCAACUCAGGAAAAAGGUAUCGAGAUGGGACGCUACCUCGUAUCAGAGCUCAGAUAGAACUGUUCAGCACCUUUGUUUAUGACUACAAAAUGAGCACGAGUGGCAGUUCCGCGAAGAAUUCGCACCUCACCCAGGGGGGACGAACGACAAUGAUACCCAUUCCUGUGAACCGUAUUACAUCAAAGUGCAAAAUAAAAUUAUCGCAAAAAUACUGCCCGUGAAUAAAUUUACAACUCUGAAAUUUUUGUCACUCCUUCGUUCAAUGAAUAAGUAGUUUUUUUUCUUGAUUUUUAUGUUUUGCUCUGCAAUACGUGUUUAUGCAGAUCGGUUCGCAGACGUGGGCAACAUUGUCAUUCGUCCCCCCUGACUAAGGUGCGAAUUCCUCGCAGAGCUGCCGCUCGUGCUCAUUUUCUGGUCAUAAACAAAGGUGCUGGACAGUUCUAUCUGAGCUUCGAUACAAGGUAGCUUACAAUCCCAAUACCUUUUUCCCGAAUUGGAAGCAACGUACAGCAGGAAAAGCCGUAGAGGAUGCAUUGCAAUACAUUAAAAUGUAUGUAGCAGGAGUUAGAACCAAAACUGCCUAGGGAGAUUUUAAAAAUGUCGAGGAACAAGUCAUUCGACGUUAGAGCAAGGUUUGGAGUAAUUUAUAGUGCCUCUAAAACUAAAAAGUACCUUUUAAAGAAUAGCACGAUAAGCAAUCAGCUUUUGUUUUAAGAAUAAGGAAACAUUGAAUCUACUUGUCCCGAAAAUUCGAACUGGUGUCUUCUUCUACCUGAUAGUAGUUUAUUUUUGAAAUUCCAAAACAAUUUCACAGCUAAAUUUUGAGCGACUUGUACUAACGGACUUCCGCUCCAACGAUUUUUCUGAAAUUUCUCCGGCAUAUUUAUUAUAUCCAAAAAAAGCCGAUACCAGAAAUUUCAGUAAAAAAUAUCAGCAAAAUUUUUUAAUAGAAGCGAUUUUCUUUAAACAUUAGGGUCCUUUUAAGGGCUAAUUUCUCAAGAAAUAUUUACCAUCAAUAAAAUCGGAAUAUUUCGUACUAUUGCCGAAUGAUAUCUGUUGUUCUUUGCAAAGUUUCGCAGCCAUCGCAUUAAAAAGACGCUAAAAACGAAAAAGUUAUGAAGGGAAAUUUGUCACAGCUAAAUGCUACAGUAUUAAUUACGGAGCCACCUUAAACUUCAUGCUCUCCGGCGCCCUGUGCGGCCUUCCGCUGACCUCUAUCUGUUGAUAUGGCUCGAUAGUUAAUCUGAGCCACGUCACUGAUGCCACCACACUAGAGGCCGGCUUCGUACGGCGGAUUACUUUCAACUUGUACAUACAUAUCACCACUAGCUAGACCCUCGUGUAUUAUGGCGACCUUAGUGGAUUAGAGAGCGUGAGAACCCAGGAAGUAACUCUGCAAAAAGUUUAGCAAAAAUUGAGCGAAACUCGAGAACUUGGUUGUUAUUCGAGCCUCGAGGAAAAGUGCCUUGCUUGAAGUGUUUCCCCGCUACGUCACUGUGACCCAUAGAGCUCACGCAUUGAACUCGAUACCCCGGUCAACAUUCCGCUCGGGGUAACACCGAGCAAAACGCAAUGCGCAUGAGCACAAAAUUUAAUAUCCGGUCAGCUUUUUAUUUCCGGUCUAGUAUAUAAACCAAUAGCGUAAGCAUAACUUUGCCGUCGCGCCAAGUUUAAAAGCAAAAAGGGCGAAACAGACAAAAAAGGGGGCCAAGAAAAUCACUUCAUUCGAAAGCUUAUAUAUUUUUCUAUUCUCAAACUUUUGCACCACAUGGUUAUCUGUUUGCACCAACGGUGAAAAUGAUGUUUGAAGUUUGCAGGUCGCGAGCGCUCGACAAGACGAAUUUGUUUUUACUGGCUUUCUUGCAUGCUACUGGUUUGGCAUAAGUUAAUUUGGGAGAAGGUGACAACUAAGAAAAGAAUAACAACACUUAUGAAAGAAACCAAAAUAAAGACGUCAUCAUUAUCAUAAAAACACUAAAACCAGGAAAUAAAAUUUUAGUCCGUUCAAUAAUUUGUUUUAUUAUCAGAGAAAACAAUAACUCAAAACAAAAGAUGGGCGGGAUUUAAUAACAACUUUGACUUUGAUGACUGCAGUCACCGGGAAACUAAACAUGCCUAUAAAUGACUUUCAUUCAAGAAAAUGCCUAUUUAAUUCUUUUACAUGGUUGUUCUUUUGUUGAAGACUUCAAUAAUUUCAGACUGUGCGGCUCGGCUGCAUCUCAUGCAAACACGAAACUUCUAGCUGCUAAAUACAUGGCAUGAAAAGUUCGACUUCUAAAAACCACUGAACCAGCUUUCGCUCUCUGAUUCUGAGAAUGAAAAAAUAUAUAUUAAAAUAGAGUUGUCAACUUGCUGCCAACCGGCUCAACAGUAUAAUUAAGCUUAUGUUUCAUGGCAAUCAACCCAGAAGAGUUUCGUUUUAAAACACGGUAAAACCCACUGGUAAACAAAACUACAAAGCGAUUGGGUGUUGUCGUUUUCCAAAUAAAGUUUGAAUCGGCUUUAACACAUGUAGACUGAGAAACUGAAGAACUGAAAAUUAGAACUACAACACACAGGCUUGCAAUUAUAACGUUUUAAUUUUAUGUCUUAGUUUCAGCCAGGUUAAGUGAAAAAUAACAGUCAAAAACUUUAUUUUCGUGAAUGAAAAUCAGUUUACCUGACGCUCUAGCCAAAAUUACACACUGAGUUAUUAUCAUCUUACCUUUUCUGAAUCUAAUCGACUAAUUGUUUCAGUGAUCUGUGCCUGGUUAUCCACAAAAGCAAUUUCAAUAACUACAAAAUAGUCAAAAACACGAGCAGCAUAUAAAAGCAGAACAACUGAAUCACAAGCUGCACACAGAAUGAAGCCGAGAGCACGCGGGAAACUUUGAUCUGACUGGAAAGUGUGACUGAAAAAGAGACCGGAAAUGCUCAACCUGGCGCAUGCGUAGACGUUUUGCCGUGGUGUUGCUCGGGGUAUGCAGCUACCUUUUAUGCAGCAGACUUUCUUAGAACUUUUAGGGUACAUUGAAAAAAAUCUGAGUCAGUCAGUCAGUCAGUCAGUCAGUCCAGUGCGGUCCACUACGGCACGGCGAUCCAUUAGUUUGCCUUCAGCCCUUUCCGCUUUGCCUGCCGGCACACGACUGUUGGUUCAACCCUCUACCCUGUAUAUUCAGUUUAUAGUCCGGACAGACAGAAGAAUCAUUAUGACAUCCUAUCAUUCCCCAAGGGGCAUGGUAGGAAACCAUUGUUUGGAAUUAUUUUCACAAAUAAUCUAAUUAAACUUUGGAACUGCUGGCCCGAAUUUGAUUCUGCUUAAAUUUUAGUCCCAUUCCUUUUUUACCUGUCUUUAUUUGAUCUUCACUUAGUAAGACAACCUUUAGCAAGAGAAGGUUAAACUAUUGGUGCAUGAAGCACCAGUUUUAAACUGACUGACUGAUUUGAUGGACAAAUAUCAUCAGGAUUCAGAUUUUAGUUUGAUCGAGUCUGUUUGUCAGUCAGAUUAUAAAUUUUCAGUCAGAUUGUCGGAGUUUUUUUAGACUGGCAGCACCUACAGUAAACACCUGCUAACCUAGUAUGUUUUGAGGUCUGGCAAAAAAAGGCUCUGUUAUUUUGAAGUAUUUAUUAGUAAUUAAGGCUAACUAGUUUCUUAAUUAGGUUCUUUAUUUCUGUGAAGGAGACAUAGAUGUUGACUAUCAGAAAAAUUAAGGUCCAUGAGGACAAUUACAAUCUGUAAUUUUUAUAAGCUUUUUUUCGUUGUAGGAAUUACGGCAAUACUUCUAUUUGUAAUUACAGUUUGGUACAGUAUUGUGAUAUCAAUUGGCAAUCUCGAAGUCAAAACUCUUGGCUGAAAUGUUUAUCUUAAUUUACAUGUAAUCCACAUAAAAGACCCUGUUUGCUUUUGCUAAACAGGUUCUUAUAUUUUUGGGUACUUAAGUGCCAAAUUUCUGACCACAGAUUCUUAUUCUACAGACUGUUCUUAUUGGCGAGUGCUGUGUACUUUUGGUAGCUUUUCCUCUACUUGUUCCGCGUUUGUUCGUUAAUGGUCCUGUUUCGUCAGCCAUUCUUCAAAACUGCUAUUAUUAUAUUAUAUUUUGCAGGUGAAUCAAACCCUUCAUCCCCAAACGCCGAGUCCCCCAAAUCUCCGGUCAGAGACAAGAGCAAGCGAGUACGUACUUUCAUCACAGCCCAGCAACUGAGUGUACUAAAAUCUGUGUAUCACUCUUCUCCACGGCCUGACUUUGCCGAAAGGCUCAGGAUCUCUAAGGAGACUGGACUGGACAUGCGCGUGGUGCAAGUUUGGUUCCAAAAUCAUAGAGCGAAAGAGAGAAGACAAAGCGAGAAGGGGAAAGACCCAUGGAUAAACAUAUUCACCAAGACAGCAGCAGCUGCAGCCAGAAGGCGGUCACGUUCGCUCGAACUGACAGGUACGCCUUGCUCUCCUCUACACGAGGCCGUUCAUUUUUCAGAUCUAAUGUGUUCUGAAGAUGAUCGCGGACCAAGCAAAUCAGGUAAAGAGGAUAAAAAAGAUGAUUAUUAACUUAAGAAUUUAGUGUUUAAUUAAGGAAUACGGAUUUGUGAUUAGUUUGUUACGUGAUGUAUUCACUUGCAAUAUCAAAAUAUUCAAUAUUAUGGACAAACAUUUAACUGAAACUGUGUUCUUUUCGUUACAGCAAACUCCAUUUUAAAUGUUUCUCAACAACUAGAAGAUUUCAAUCAGCCAGCUGCUAUAGUAGCCAAUCACAGGCCAGCUUCCUUUACAUCUUCAACUUUACAUAAUGUGGUAAUUCCGCCUCUGUCUCCCGCAGUGCAUGAUGUACUUUCCAGCCCCGGAUUCGUAUUCACUGCUGCUCACAGACCUUCCAACUUUCCUCCGGUGCAAGAACUUCUGGAGAUAUGCGAAGAGGAGCUGCGAACGCUGACCAACCAGGAGACUGGUGUCUACCCCAAUCAACAGAGCCCCACACACAGCUACUACGCAGACUCGGAGAGUGAUCGAUCUAACAUCAAUACACCCGCUGAAGAGCGAUAUUUUGUGUUUCCAGAUGUUCCAGGCACACCUGAUAAGAGGAGAUACUCCUCCCACCCAACGGUUUUUUCUUUUGAUCCUGAGACAAUUAAUGGCGCCACAUAA